AUGGAGGAAGGCGCGGAUAGAUCGCAAAGCUCCCAGCGGGCUCAGUCUGAAAAGUCCUCCAAGGAGCGCCUGGAAGACUUAGUAGUUCCUCCCAAGGAGACCGAUGCCCUCAGCCAGGAGAGCCAAGAGCAACAGAAGGAGAUCCCCAUCCCGGCAGAACCGGCGGAAAGGAGGCCUCUCGGACAGGCCUCCACUGAGUUCCUUUCCGAACCUGCAGUUACGACCCCAACACAAGAAGGCCAGGUAUCCAAAGAGCGCCUGCAGUCAAAAGAAACGUUCCUUGGUUCAACGACGUCUAUAAAAGAAAAGCUCUUUGCAGCUGGAAGAGAGGAUGCCAAGAGUCCUGACAUCAACUUCGAUAAAAGAGGCCCAACCAGUGCUGAAAAACUCUCCAAAGCCAGGACGGAGGCUCAUGCGGAGGAAGUCAGUCCCAAACUUGCUGAAAGGAGCUCCCAGGAACUUGUGCCCUUAAAAACCGGGAGUGCCAGCAGCAGAGAGGGUGCCACAACGCCUGCCUUGUUCCUCGGAAGCCAAGGACCACUAAGUGACAGUGAAGCGACCAGUCUAGAGACAGGGGUGGGGACAUCCCAAAAAGGGAGCGAGACAUCCAGGACCCAAACCACUGCCAGCAGCACAACUCUUCUCCAGGAGGAAGAUUCUAUUGUGUCAUCGGCUUUCCCGGGAAUGUUGUUUGAAGAGAAGACGAAGCCGCUCUCUGAUCACCCCCUUAGCUUGGCAUGGGUCUUUGGCUACAACAGCCAACUCCCUGUUUUCAACCUCCUCGAUGAAGACCAGCAGGUGAUCUUGUAUGCCUCUGCUCACACUGCCGUGAUCCACGACAUCAUCAGGAAUAAACAGUAUCUCCUGCAGGGACAUUCCAGUUGCAUCUCCUGCAUUUGUGUCAGCGAGGACCGGCGGUGGGUUGCAACGGCCGACCGAGGCCCCGAGAGCCUGGUGAUUGUCUGGGACAGCUACUCUGCGGUUCCCGUCCACACCAUCUUUGACAGUCAUCCCGAAGGUGGAGUCGGCACCAUCGCCAUUUCCCACGAUUCCAAAUUUCUGGCUACACUCGGGGCUGGGGAAGUGCAGAAAGUUUCCAUUUGGAGAUGGACCUCGCUGGACACAAAGCCGGUCUGCAGUGUGGAAAUCCUGCCCCAGUUUGGUAUCCAGAAGUACAUUGCAUUCAGCGGCAAAACCCAGAAGGAACUCGUGAGCAACAGCCUGAGCCAAGUCAUCUUCUACACGUGGGAGGACAACGUGUUGAUCUACCACGCUCCCCUGCUGACAGACAAAACUUUCAACAAGGUGGUGGGGCUGUUCAGCCAAUCCCGUUUCCACUUCAACUCUGCCCAAGCGAUCACCAGCACAUCGGAGGGGAAGCUGGUGAUCUGGGAUGUGGUUUGCCCACCCCUGAAGCCUUCCUCUGCGUGUGACAGUCUCUACAACAUCAAAGCCAUCAAGCUGGUACACUUGCAGAAAGACGCCAUCACCGUCCUGGCCAUAACAGACGAGUUCUUUGUGACCUGCGACGUCAGAGGCCAUGUGAAAUUCUACGAUGGGGACCUGCAGCUGAUGCACUGGUACAGCCAGUUUAAACUGGGACCCAUCCAGUCCAUUUCCUUCUCCAAGAAACCUGCGUCCCCUGGCGACAUCACCCAGUACCCCGAGUCUUGCACCUUGGGCGGCAAGCCCUUCAUCGUUAGGAACUUCAUCCUUGCUACCUCGGACGCCUUGGUGAUUCACAUCAAGUCGGAGGGAACAAAGGUCACCAAGUGCCUGGAGGAACCGAAGGACGCCGUUCACACCAUCGUCUGCCACCCCAGCAAGCCUCUGCUGGCCAAGGGGAGCUACUGUGGCCUUCUGAAAGUGUGGAGCUACCUCGUCAAUAAAUACCUUGUCAGCCGAAUUUUUAAGGGCGAAAGCAUCAGCAGCCUGUGUUAUAACCAUGAUGGUUCUUUGCUUGCUGCCGGAUUCCUGAACGGGAGCCUUUACAUCCUUGAUUCCAUAUCGUUGGAAAAUGACCGUCCGGAACCUUUCCAGUACUCAAGAGGCCCCAUCACCAUCGUGAGCUUCUCUCACAAUUCUGAAUAUCUUGCCACUGCAGAUGAAAACUUGUCAUUGAACGUUUACAAAAAAGUUGUCGUUGAGGAGAAGAAAGUCUGGGAUCGCCUGGCUGCCCUGCACUCGCACUACAAGCCGAUUCGCACCCUUCUUUUUGGGGUACAGUUGGACAGCAACGAGCCACGGCUCUUAAGUCUUGGAGAAGACCGGCUCUUGGUGGAAUACGACUUGGAGAAUACCGUCAAAGAUGAGCUGGUGGUGAUCAGAAGAGACCGUAUUGAGCAGAGCGCAGUCCCCAGAUAUAUUGCUUGGUAUCCCCCGAUCACAACUGAGUACUUUUUCCUCACUGUCAAUGAUCACUACAAAAUGAAGAUUUAUAAUGUGACCACAAAGUUGUGCAGGAAGACUGCUUUGGGACCCACGUAUGGCUCUCCUCUUGAGAAGAUCGUUGUCCUCCCGUUGGCGGAGGGCCAGGAUCCUCAGAGACAGUACCUGGCCUACAUCACGAAAGAUAAGAUUGGCCUGCAGAUCUUGCCCGUUGACGGGAACCCGCACAAGUCCUCCGCUUUCAUUUGCCACCCCAUGGGGGUGGCCGACCUCGCCUGCUCCUGCACGGGCCGCUACCUCUUCACGGCGGGGGGCAGUGACGCGACAGUGAUGAAGUGGGACGUGAAUCUUGACGCGCUGGAUGCGGCUGUGUUCCUGGGUGGCAAAGACCUGAUCCCAUUUUACAACCUCUUGGAAGGGGGUAGAGAAGGCGAGUUUUUCAAGGAGCUAGAAGACUACUUUUACUACGCUCAGCUGGUCCAUCAGGGCAUCGACACCAUGGAACCCAGGAAGGUGUCCACCCACAUCCCCUUGGAACAAAUGCCCUUCGUGAUGCGCGCUAUGGGGUUUUACCCAUCUGAGGAGCAGGUUGAAGACAUGUUGAAUGAAGUAAAAUUCAGUGAGUUUCUGGAGACCGGAAAGCAAGUGACCCAUAUUAAUCUAGGGGACUUCAUCAAACUGUACGUGAACCAUCGGCCUGCCUUUGGGCUGGCAUCGAAAGAAAUUCAAAACGCCUUCCAAGUGCUGGGCUACGAGAAUGAGGGCCACGAGGCCACCCUGAACAGAGAUGACCUGCUGUUGCUUCUUCAGCACAAAGGAGAGCACUUGGCCGAAGAGGAGCUGGCCGAGCACCUCGCCACGCUUCUGGGCUUCAACCCCGAGGGGGGCCGUUCGGAGGUUGGCACCUACGAUCCCACAGGUGCUGAUGAAUUCAUUCAGGAAGAAAUCCCAGAGGAAAUUACGGCAGCUCAGUUCACAAAGGACAUUCUCGGACUACCUAUUCCAGAACCGAUGGAAGUGGCGACGGAGACACAGACCUCGGAUGAGCCCACGAACAGCAGUUUCUUGUCACUCAAGUUUCAGUGAUUUAUAUUCUUCACCUUUUUCGCCAUUGCUUCCUUUCUGCCAAAG